AUGCCCAACCAGGCCGGCUGGUCGCUGUCGCCGCGGAAAAGGCCCAUCAACGGCCGUCAUCGGAACCCUCGAGCACCAUGUCGGAACUUCAGAGCCAGCUCCAGGAACUCAGCACUCCUUGGCGCCGCGCAGCACGUCGAAAAUGCUCGCACACUGGAGAACAUGCUCACCAAGCACGGCGCCAUCAAGCAGGAAGUCGGCUCGCUGAGGGCGGCGAUGGAGGAGCACAACUUCUGGCUCACAAACGCCCGUCGACCGCACGAUCAACCCGAAGAUGACGAUUUCGCAUCGGACGAUGAGGAGCUAGGGCCGAACUCGUCCUGGCGACCUGCCGCCGCCCUCCGCCAGACGCCCCCUCCCCCUCUCCUCCCUCCCCGGCACGCUACCGCCGAAUCCGCGAUCUCCGUCCUCGGGUCCAAGGUCUCCUCGCGCAAGAACCUCGUCCUCGAGACGUUACCGAGCAGCUCGUGCAAGCGCCGUCUGAGUCCGCCCGCGUCGCACCGCAAGAGUCCACCGUCCCCGUCGCCGCGGUCAAAGAGGCGCAGACGGGAGCCCACUCCAGGCCUCGUGACCAAGAAGCGCGUCCGGUACCAAGGCCCCGCAGCUCAGCUCCACGAGUGGUUCCUCCGCUACACCCACGACUGGAUCCUCAACGACAGCCAAGAUGGCGUGUUCGAGUUCUCCUUCACCUGCCCUGUCGCGUUCUUUGGCGUCGCUCCCGCGGUUCCUCAAGCGUCCGUCCUACACAGCGUUCGUCCGCCGGUUCGUCCCCACUGCAAGUCCUUCCCGCACUAUGGUCCUUCGCUCGCGUACGUCAAAGCGAAGGACGUGGUCGUGGACGUCAAAGCGUGCAAGAAGCGCCAACUUCACCGCGGCCGGCAGCGCAAGGCUCGCACGCUUGGGGCUCAGAAGCCGGACCGCGCGCAGGCCAUUCUAUGCGAUGCGACCGAGGAGGAGACCGUGGACCACAUGGCGGUUGCCGACGAGGACGUGACGAUGUCGCCUGCGACCGACCUGCAACUCGAGGACGCACGGGACAUGCUGUCAUCCCUGACGCUCACGGAGGCAGACGAUGUUCCCAUGGCGUACGAGGAGAACCCAGCAGCAGGUGUCGAGCCUCUCAAGGCGGCGGCCGCGCCUGUGGCCUUCACGCGUCCUUCCCCUGCCACCAUCACUGCUGCGAAGCCCGUCAUCGUUCCCGAUGAGCCCAAGACCGCCGAGGAGCCCAAGGCCGUCGUCGUCGUGGAGGGACCCAAGACCACCACUCCCGUUGUCCAGAAGCCCAAGGUCGUCUUCGUCGUCCUCAUCGUCGACAAGCCCAAGGCCGAUGCUGUUGAGGAGACCAAAGCGAGCAUUGUUCCUGAUGAGCCGCUAGCCGUCACCGCCGAGCCUCGGGGUGACGUCGUCGCUGAAGAUCUCAAUGCCACUCCACUGCUGCGCACACAGAACGGCGACGCGAUUUUGCAAAGCUCCAUUCUAACAGCCUCGGCGAUGUCGUCAACCUCCCAGCCCUCGCUCCAGGCUCUCUGCCGAGCCCACUCGUUCCCAGAACUGCCAGAACUGGAGGGCACGCGCUGUGUCGCAAGGACGGACCUCAGUUCCCCGUCAAUCUCGCCCUCACCUGCCGACGACAGUGUGACCAAUCGGGGCGUGAUGACUCGAAACGUCCACCACUCCGGCUUCUUCGCAGUGGCGUGCAAGGCGGAAAUUAGAACCCUCAUGGGUUUGUUGAGACAUCUGACAAGGUAUAAAGCUUUGCACAACUUCCCUCUCUUCUCCCCACCGGGCUCCGAUUCUCGCAUCGCACAUCGCGCCGAUGAAGACGACGACGGCUGGUCCUUAUUGGGCUCACGGCCGGAUACGACUGCCGGACUCGCCGAAUAUCGCAAUGCAUACCAUGACCUUGAGCUGAAGUACUCUUCGCUCUUGACUGAUAACCGACAACUCCAAGAGCAGGUCAAAGUGCUCAAAGAGAUGCUUCCGGCUUCGAAGCGCAAGAACCUACCAACCUCGACCUAUGAAGCGUCAUUGUCGGAAUCCCUGUCACGCUCGGCCCAACUCUACAUGUUUCGUACCUGCUUCUGGGUACCUGCAUCGCUCUUCACGCAGAGUACCCGGCCUGCUGGAGUCGAUCCGGGAAACUACGGUUGGAGGUGGCCCAACGGCGCGACGAUCGGCGAUAUCAUCAAGUCGGACUCUGCCAGUGCACCCGAUCCACGGGUAUCCGACGCCGCCAAUCGCAACGCUCUUGUUUCCCAGUCACGCCGUAACGAUGCCCGUCUCGCUGAGCUUAUCGAUGACCUGCCGAGAGAUCUCCGAGAGAUCUUCGACAAAACUUGGAUGCGCUCUGUAUUCGCCGACAGGGUUCAGAAGACGAAAAACAACUGCCUCAACAACUGCAAGGCGGCACGUAGCGCCAUCUUCUCGCACAUGGCAGAUCUCCAGGAUGUGCCGUGGUCGGGCUCGACUAACGAUAUGAAGGACCACGAUCAUCUCUCAUUCCUUCGAGGCGAUAAUCAAGACUCGAGAAACCACUACUAUCCUUUCUUGUUCCCCGGUAUUGAGCACGAAAAGCUCGAGGUGAAGUUGUUUCGCACAGCUUGCAUCGCAAAGACUCUUCGUGUGCUUCUGUACGGAGCCACUGGUGCGAACGAGGGUCACAAGCCUACCAACAAGAGUCUCGCGAAGAAGCUCGAAAUUGCUACUGUCACGCCAGGCAUGAUUGCGAUGGCGGCCACAGUGACGCGUUUCCUUCUCUCCUACGACACCGAGUUCAAUCCUGUCGGGCCGAACACGAGCUGGUCCUACGAAGGGGACUACGAAACCUGGUACCGGUUCCUGACUGUCAAUUGGGAGACAAACAAUUUGCAAGCCACACGUUCUUACUUCGACCAGCACGUCUUCGGUGUCGUCGGUGGUGAGACAAUCCCCAUGGACAUCGGUGACGACGUCACUCUGGAUGUGCAGUACAUGCAGCCUGGCAACCUCGACGACUUUGCAUACGACGACGACGACGACGACUUCUCAUCUCACCGGCAUGCCAGAGCGCAGAGGCUUACCCACUCGUCAAGCACCGGUAGCCAGCCUCAGCCGACCUCCAACACCGGUCCGGACUUGAAUCCCUCCACGGUAUCCACGAUCAGCUCCGAUAUAUCUUCCUCCACUGCACCUUCUCAGUUUCCACAUACCAUUCCUCUCACUCCCCCUGCAAGUUCGUUGGCGUCCGUGUCUAGCCCCCUCCCCUCCAACACCACAACAACCCCUACUCUCGUCGCCACUACCCCGACUGGCGCCGGUGCCGCUCUAACGGGCGUUUCUGAUGCCGUUGUGUCCACGUUGCAUUCCGCUCUCCUGCCAACUUCUCCUGAUCCAGUUGAGAACGACCUCGUACCCGCCAUGGCAUCGUCCAUGUCCAUCUCUGCAGCAGAGGAGGCCGCCCCGCAGACGCGCAACACUUCCCGGACCACUCGUGCGGGCGCCUCGAGGAGAAGCAGCCGCGCUGCUGAAUCGGAGGCUGAGGCUCCCGUGCAGAGCGGCCGCCGGUCCACACGCAAGCGUGGAGGUGUGGUGUAG